AUGACGAAUCAGGGAUUAGCACCUACAUCAAGCCGCCCAAUUGAGGCAGGGUCCAACCCCGACGAUGUCGAAAAGUCGGCGUCCAUGAAUCCGCCGAGCAUGGCUCCAACACCGCCAACUUCCGCAUCUAUCGGCGAUGAACUAGGCCUUGAGGACAAUCCAACGUCCCGCGACUUUGCCCAGAUCGCCCUGAUCAAGGAUCGCCUAGUCAUUCAGGACAAGUGGAUCUCCCUCCCCCGAUUCCAACGCGUCUUCUCCGUGUACCAGAUCUUGCCAGGGCCCGAGGCUGCCGAGUUAUGCAUGUUCUUUGGCUGUCUGUCUGCCGGCCGUAUAGGUGGCAUUCUCGCUGGAAUUGCCUUUAUGCUUCCCGGCUUCCUUCUUAUGCUUCUCGCAAGCUAUCUCUAUUCCCUCGCCGGCUUCGAAAACACGUACUUCAAUGCCUCCUUUAGAGCGCUGCAGCCCAUUGUAGCAGCAAUGAUUCUUCGGGCAACGCAUAAGAUUGCAGACCACUCAGUGAGGAAGCAUAACAGUCAAAAAGUCGACCCUUUUCUCAUCAUGGCGGCCGUUUGCACUGCUAUAAACGGCGCACUCCGUAUUAACAUUUUUAUGUCUUUAGGCCUCUAUGGUGUCAUUUACGCCUUCGUUGCCCGCCGCUUAUGGAUUCCUGCCGGGGCCCUCUUCAUACUCCAGUACGUCGGCUACGCCAUUUACGUCGUCUUCCGCAGCGUGCCGUCUCCGGUCUCCCUCGCUCUUGGUAUUGCCAAGACCCCAUCCACCAUUAAUCUGUUCGUCCUUGGCUUGGUUGCGGGGAGUUUGUCAUUUGGUGGGUGA